GUUGACAUCCCAGCCGACCGUCGCUUGCCUGCCCCCCGGUCUGCCGCCCAACGAAAUCACAGACGAAGCGUCGAAUUUAUCGGUCUCGGCCGUGGCUUCAUCCCAGGCUUCCCUAGACUGGGCAACAUAAGCAGCUUUCGAGGCCUCUUCCCCGAUUUUCUCAGCGCUCAUUUCGGUCAUCAAGAAGCCGAUCUCCAAAUUAUCGAGGCUCACCAAUUUGCAAUGAAUGCAAACCCUCUUGCGGGCAACCAGCCCGAGUUCAACUACCAGGCGAACGGCUUUGGUGGUCUGGCCGGUCGCCAGCCCACUCCCAAACCCGACUUCGAGCCCCCUCCUCCUGCCCGACCAGGCUUUACCCGCCACACUGGCCCUGACAGGGAUACGAAUGACGAGAUGGUCGUUGUUUGCGCUAGCUGCGACAAUGAACUGAAAUACUCGGCCGCCGCCGCCGAUGACGACGGUGCCCGUCCCGCCAAGCGCCCCAGAAAUAAGAAGGAUCGCGAGGAGCACCACUUCUGGGCCGUGAAGGGCUGUGGUCACGUCUACUGUCGAGACUGCUACGAGAAUCGCAGGAAGUACAAAAGCAAGGACUACGACAAGCUUGGAUUUCGGGUUAACUACUCAUACAAGACGCCAAAGGUCUUUUGUGCGGUUGAUGCUUGCGACUCGGACGUAACCAACAACCAAAGCUGGGUCGGCAUCUUCAUAUAACUGAGCUGCGUCACCGCAGACGUUUUCCGACCUUCUUUCCUCGACGACUCAAAUACUAGUUUCUGAACAAUAGCACAUUUGCAUGGCGUUGGGGGAAUUCUUACGUCUCUGGUUUCAGGCAUGGCAUCAUGGCGAUGGACAAGGACGGUGUUACAGGCUUGGUAGCGAAUGUCACGGAAAGGUGCUAAAUGACGGGCUCGUCAAUGUGCUUAUUGGGAGGGAGCUUAGGUCGACACAUCGGUGCUCAUGGUGGUGAGCAUUUCAGGUGUUGCAAUUCUUGUCAGCGCGUAUUCCUUGGCUGCACAGCCUCCUCAGUCAGCUCUGGCAGAUUUUCUAGUGCUUCUGUAUGAAGAGCAAUAAGUGGCCCUGUUUUAUUUCAUCUGCAGAUCUGUCGCAU